AUUCUGGCUAGAAAAUCCAUCUAACAUGAAUUAGUGGAAAAUCGGAUCCGAACUCCUAUACAUAUAUUACGAUGUCCCUGUCAACUAAAUUAAGCUUAUGCUUUCUUUUACUAACACAAUUUUAUUUUAAUUGCCCCGCCAAAUCCUUAUUUUAUUUUUCCCAAAUUUUGUAGAGAACAGUUCGCUACUACUUCCCGUUUUCCCCCAAAAUAAGCCCCAAAUACCCUAAUCUGCUUCUCACCUCCCUCCCACGACACCGAUACCCCUCCGUCCAUCCCCUCUUUCACCGACCGAAUACUGAUCCGAUUCGCAACAAUGGAAGAAGCCAAAGAUAACUUAUGCAUUGCUAAACUAUUUAAUCUCAAAGAUAAGAAGAAAAAGAAGAAGAAGAAGAAAAAGGGAAAAUCAGUUGCUAUUGAUUUCGCUACAGCGCCAAUUGAUGACGGUAGUGGUAGUAGUACCGGCAGUGAUGCUAACCCUAGGAUUUCUUUGUUUGAUCUCUCUGUUGAGAAUUUCUUCGAAUAUAUAGAUACCGUUGCCAAACUUUGUGGGGAAGAUGAACGCAUCGCUGCUGUUGAGGAAAGCGAAAUCAAAACAAUGUUUUCUUCUGUCAUUUUCUUAAGAGAAUGGAGGGAUUUUAAAUAUCCAUCUAAAAGCAUUAGGUUUGCGUAUGGACUUGAGAACUCUGAGUGUUAUGAGGGGAGUGGCAUUAAAGACAUAAACUUACCUCAGUUUUCAUCUGCCAUUGUUCCUAAGCAUGAUAUGCAAAAGGAGGAGCUACUUGGGGAUGCCAAAUCUCAAGAAUCCAGAGACUUUGUGAUGAAUGUUGGAGGUUCUGUAUGGGCAUUAGAUUGGUGUCCUAAGAUGCACGAGGAACCUGAUUGUUCAAUUACAUGUGAGUUCAUUGCUGUUGCCGCUCAUCCACCUGGUUCAUCAUAUCACAAAAUGGGUGCCUCACUUAUUGGCAGAGGGGCUGUGCAAAUAUGGUGUCUUCUAAAUAAUAUCAGGGAACCCAACGAAGAAGUAUCUUCUUUCCCAGGGAAGAAGGAAAAGAAACCUAAAAAAGACACGGGCACAAAUGACAAAUCGACAGAAAUAAAGAGGCCUAGAGGAAGACCUAGAAAGAAUCCUACUGGGAUUGUAGUGGAUGAUACACAAUCUCUUACUGCUCAGGAGAACCCUGAAAACAAUGAAGAAAUAGUUCCUAUUACGAACAAGAGAAAAAGAGGAAGACCAAAAAAGAAUCCAACUGAAAACAAUGAAGAAAUGGUUCCUAUUACAAACAAUAGAAAAAGAGGAAGACCGAAACAGAACCUUACUGUAGUAGCAGUGGAUGAUACAAAUUGUGAGACUGUUCAAUUUGAAGAAAAUUCUAUGGAGUUUCCUGCACCAAAUGGGAAUAAUGAAAAAACCGAAGAAAUAUUUCGUAUUACAUACAAGAGGAAAAAAGUGCCUAGAGGAAAUGAAGCCAUGAAUGAAAAACCAGCACUAAUUAAGAGACCUAUAAGAAGACCUAAAAAGAAUUCAAAAGAAGUAACAGCGAAUGAUCCUAAUUGUGAGAAGCAAUUUGUUCCUCUUGCUGUUCAACUUCCAGAUUCAGCUGAAUUUAUCUCUCCAGAUAUAGUUCAUGGCAAUUCUGAUGAACAUCAUUCACAACAAUUGUCUACUUCAAAGGGAAAAAAAUCCAAAAAAGCUGCUUCUGCAUGCAAUUCAGAAACACUUGUUACAGGGAGUAGGUUGGAUAUUAAUCAUGGGGAAAGAAGCUAUAGCCAAGAUACAAGUAGGCCAUUAUUGAUUCAGUGUGAGAAUGAGGCAAAUCAUCAACCACACGGUAGCUCUGUAUUGGAACCUGAAGCAUCUACUUGUCCCAUUCCACGACAUGUAGCAUUGCCAAGAGUUGUGUCAUGCCUAGCUCAUAAUGGAAAAGUAGCAUGGGAUGUCAAGUGGAGGCCUCUUAACAAUCUUGAUUCCUCAUGCAAGCAUCGAAUGGGCUAUCUUGCUGUCUUGUUGGGCAAUGGCUCUCUGGAAGUGUGGGAUGUUCCUCUUCCUCGUGCACUGAGAGCAAUUUACAUGCAUAGGGAGGGCACCGAUCCUCGUUUUAUAAAAUUGGAGCCUGUAUUCAAAUGCUCAAUGUUGAAGCGUGGCAGCAUACAAAGCAUUCCACUGACAGUAGAGUGGUCAACUAUGCCUCCUCAUGAUUAUUUACUUGCUGGCUGCCAUGAUGGAACGGUUGCUCUGUGGAAGUUCUCUCCAAAUUCUUCAUCUAAAUGUGAUGAUACAAAGCCUGUACUUUGUUUUGGUGGCGAUACAGUUCCUAUUAGAACAAUUGCAUGGGCUCCUUUUGAAGGUGAUCCAGAGAGUUCUAAUAUAAUAGUAACCGCAGGACAUGACGGCCUUAAGUUUUGGGACCUACGUAAUCCAUUUCGUCCUCUGAGGAUCCUCCAACCUUCCCAGAGAAUCAUAUACAGUCUGGAUUGGCUGUCAAAUCCCAGUUGUAUCAUUAUGUCUUUUGAGGAUGGAACAAUGAAAACCAUUAGCUUGGUGAAGGCUGCAAGUGACCUCCCUGUCACUGGAACAAUAUACACUGGAAAAAAACAACCGUGGUUGCAUGGUUCUACGUAUUCAUCUUAUGCCAUUUGGAGUGUUCAAGUGUCACGGAUAACAGGUAUGGUUGCAUACUGCGGUGCAGAUGGUGCUGCCAUCCGUUAUCAGCUUAUUACUAAAGCAGUGGAGAACGAGCAUUGGCACAAUCGACUUCCAUUCUCUUUAUGUGGGUCGGUAUCUGAAGAGGAAUCAACUAUCAUUGUCAACACUCCAUUAUCAAACUCUCUUUUCCCAUUGAAGAAGGCACAAGAAAGGGGCAGAUGUGCAGAAUCUUUUCGAGACUUAUUAGCCAAGAGCAGAAUUGAGACUAAUAAAAUAUCAAAAACUUCUAGUAAUGAUUGUCGGAUUUUAGCCCUUAAUGAUGGUGACAGUUUGGGUUUGGAGUCAGUAUCCGAGGAAGCAUUGUCUUCUCAAGAGAAGCCCAAAAGACCAAAAUCGAGUAGUAGCAGCAAGAAACCAUUUGAUAAGACAGUUUGUAGUGAUGUUGUGUCGACAAAUACACACAGAGUUGAUAAUGAAAAGCUGGAUUCUGGGAGUAUACAUGAACCUGAAGUCUUUCCUCCCAAAAUGGCAGCAUUGCAUAAAGUGAGAUGGAACAUGAACAAGGGUAGUGAGAGAUGGUUGUGCUUUGGAGGAGCUAAUGGACUUGUACGUUGUCAGAAAAUUGUUUACUCUUAUACUGACAAGAAAUGGGCCUUGAAGAGAUGAUUGCAUUUUAUCAACGUAGAUUUUAGGCCUGAAAUGUGAAUAUGUAAAUAGUGACAAGUCAAAAAUUUAAAAUUAAUUAUACUUAAAUGUUAACGAUAUAUUAUUAAGUGCAGUAGCAUAGCCUUGAACUUUUUCAUGUUCAGCCCGAUGUAUUAUAACUCGAGUAGAGCUCUUUUCAGUCCAAGUUGAAAACUUUCUUGAA